CGAGCAGUUAUCGCUGGACACCAAAAAAGAGAAGUUCUUUGUAAGUUUUACAUAGAAUUAUCUAUUGAGUAAAUAUGAUUGGAAGAAAAUAUAAUAUUACAUUUUACAGAAAAUCAUGAUGACAAAUAAACUAAUAGGUGUAGAAAUCACUGCAAAAGGCAUUUCUGUAAUGUUAACUGCUUUACUCAACACAGAUGUUCAAUUGCAAUAUUCUGCUUGCGGAUGUGAAGCUUCUGGACAGAAAAAGAAGAGUUUCUGCGAUACGAUGACGUUCAAAUGCAUGAGAGAUAUUUUAGUCGAAAAAUUUUCUGUUUCGGAGAAAGAGAUUGUCUCUAAAACAAGUCGAUGGUUUACGGGAGCAUCAGACAGAGCUGGAGGACGAAAAGAAAGGAAUCGGCCAAGAGAGAAAGAGAUAGAGAACAGAGAGAGCAUGUCAAUUAUCGCAAACAAAUUUUUUGUUUUCAUUAUAUUUUAUUUGUAUUGUUUUUCUAGUAGUAUAGUAUAA